AUGGCCGACGACGAGGAGCGCAUCAAAGCCGAGAAGCUGGCCGCAGCUAAGAAAAGGGUUGCCCAGCUCCAGAAGAAAAAGAAGGCCAAGAAGACUACCACUACCGGGGAUGACAUAUCCAAGGAGGGAGAGAACCCCACAGAGACUGAAACUGCUCAAGAUGCCUCGAGCCCAGAAAUCCUGCAGGCAGACGGCCCCGCGGAGGAGAAGCCAGACACACAAGACGAGCUGGGCGCGCAAACCCAGGCCGCAGCCUCCGAACAACCAGAGGAACGAGAAGAACCAACUCUGCAAAUUGAUACUGAUCCGAGCAUCGAAACUCCUACCGAACCGAUGCCUCCAGCACCCACGUCUCCUGAUCCAGAGGCUGAGCCGUUGCCAGUCCGACUCGAUACACCCCGCGCCGGCCACGGCCGACAACCCUCGCUGUCAAUCCAGUCAAAGAUGCGCUCGUCAUCAUUUCGCAAGACCUCUAUCUCACACGGCAGCACCUCCCCCUCUCCCUCUGCUGCGCUCAAGUCCCCCGCACAGUCAUUACCGCCUCUAACCGGGGACGGGGAGUCGGUUCACGAAGUGUUCCGCAAACAGUCUACGAAAAUUGAGGAGCUCGAGAAAGAAAACAAACGCUUGGAGAAGGAACUCUCAGAUGCAACUAUGCGCUGGCGCAAGACUGAGGAGCAAGUGGAGGAUCUGCGGGAAGCGAGUGUUGAUGGCGUGGUGUUGAGGGAGCAAUUAAAGAAGGCAGAGGAGAAGGUUGCAAGCAUCGAGUCAAUGAAAGAGGAAAUUGCUUCUCUCCAGCGACAGAACUCGCAGCUCCAGACCCGGUCACAUCGAAACACCAGUGCAACAGAGUCACCGCCAGCCGAACUUGUUCGUCAGCUCGAGUCCAAAUCAGCUACUAUUGAGUCCAUGGAGUUGGAGAUCUCAAAUCUCCGCGCUCAGAUCGCCUCCCAAACGACCUCAAACGAUGCACAUGAGUCUCAAGUCGCAGCGCUAGAGGAGAAAGUUUCAAAGACGCAACUAGCACUAGAUCAAUCCCAGCGUGAGCUGGCAGACAUUAAGCAGGCAUUGACACAGGCCUCUGAGAAAGCAGUCAAGGACGGCGUCGACAAGAUUUCUACCGAAAUACUGAUCGAGAAUCUCCAGCGUGAGAUCGAGGAGUACAAGAAUGAAAGGAGCGAAUCGGAAAAGAAAAUUGAGACGUUAGACAAGAAACUCCAAGCAAUGGGCAAUCUUCACAAAGAAACCGAAGCCCGGCACCAAACACGGAUACGCGAGAGCGAGAAAUCCGACAGGGAAAUCGCUCUCAUGCGGAAAAAAAUUGCCAGCAUCGAAAAUGAGAACCUGCGCCUACGUGAAGAAAGUGACCGAAUUCGGACUCGCCAGAUCGGCGGAAGCGCCGACGAUGACGCUCUGGACGAGCUCGAGGACGAAGAACGCCAGCGUCUUGAGCGCCGCAUCCGCGAGCUGGAAGGUGAGGUCUUCGAUCUACGUCGGGGCGUCUGGCAAGAGAAGCGCCAGGAGAUGGAGCACUACCCGGAUAACGGUCCUAGUCCUGCCUCCGGCGAUGCAGCCAACGCAUUUGACGAUGUCGAUCUCGUGGGUGGACGACCCGACCAUGCCCGUCGCCGCAGCACGACCCAUCAGCAGCACUCGUCCUUCUCCACCGUGCUUUCUAGCGGGCUUGCUGCCUUUACAGGAUCUACUGGCAACCGUGCUCGCGCUUCGUCGUCUAACCCGUCUCACCCCCCUGGUACCCGUGGUAGUCUGGAGCUUGUUUCCGAAGAAAACUUCGAUGACGAGUUCGACGAGGAUGCAUUCGCACGUGCGCAGGCGGAGGAGGAAGGCCGUAAGCGUGUUGAGUGGAUGCGGGAUAUCAAAAGCAAGCUGCGUGACUGGAAUGGCUGGCGUCUAGAUCUGGUCGAUAGCCGUGCCGGAGCAGAAGGUGCUGGCGUAGGCAUGGGAGAGAUAUUUGAAGUUUAG